ACUCCUGUAAAAACAACAACAGCACGGUAGGGGGGCUGAUUCACUCAGAGGCAAACAUAACACAUUAGAACAACGGAAUUAGCUUAAUUUAAGUAUUACAGUGAACUUGUUUUAUCCUGUCAGUCUGCUGGAGGCUCAGACAGUUGACGCUACCUGUCGAAGCUAACGUUAUAACGUCAUUUCCCUUCAUCCAGUGUUAACGGUUAAACUUGAGAGGUGUAGCUUAGCUAAGUGUUGAACCUCAGCUCACAUAGCCGUGGACUGGUAAAAUAUAUGUUCAUAUAGUGUGCAGUUAUUGAUUCUCUGUCUGACCAGCAGUGACCAGGGUUAAUUUACGGAGGUGGACGUGACGCUAAAUUUAAAGUAACAGACAGCCGGAGGGGGUUGCCCUCAGUACAGCUCUAAGCUAGCAGGCUAACACGCGGCCAAGGAAAGCUUUGCGAAUUUGUUCAUCCAGUCUUCGUCUGACCGCAAAAUCCCGUGAGACUGAGCCCCCCGUCGGUGUAAGAGAGCUCUGCUCACCGUCCCAUGCCCUCUGCGUGGAUGGGAUAUAGCUAGCCGGUGGAGCGAAGAGGCAGCCAGCCAGCAGUCCCGUUCAACAUGGAGGAUGAAGAGGUUGCAGAGAGCUGGGAGGAGGCAGCGGACAGCGGGGAAAUCGAGAGAAGACUUGAAGCGAAGCUUAAAAUAAAUCAGGAAGCAAAGAAGGCCAGUUUGAAAUCUGGUGGUUCACCUGUGCGAACAGCUAUUGUAAUCCAGGAUGACUCCCUGCCUGCAGCGCCCCCACCACAAAUUCGAAUUUUAAAGCGUCCUACCAAUAAUGGUACCACAGGAAACCCUGCAUCCCUGUCUCGUCCCUCUCAGCAGAUGAAGUCUUUGGCCCAGCGUGAGGCAGAGUAUGCAGAAGCCCGAAGAAGGAUCUUGGGUAGUGCUUCUUCAGAAGAAACGCCUCAGGACAAUCCAUCCCAGGACAGGACAGUUCGUAUGAGUACGCAGCAACCGUUAGAACCAGUUCGUCCAAACAAUCACGUGAUCCGCCAGCCCACUGGCCCAGAUGGCACCUCAGGCUUCCGACUCUGCAGAUAAACAGGAGCUGCCUGCUGCAAGGAAAUGGCUGCCUCGCUGAGGGCGCAUGAAAGGUGGCAGUUAAAGGGGUUAUUUGUAGUAUGAAGAGCAGAGUGGUGGGAUGACAGACAUUAGAAAAUUUGACAGACAUUAGAAAUAUGAAGCUGUAGCAUGGAUUUAGAUGAACUUCUCCACCCUCUCUCUACUCUGCUUACUGGUGUGGUCUUUGCCUCUUGCCUUGUCUUUUCCCUCAGUGGAACCUUGCAAGGGGCUGGCAGAGAUCAGCCAAAGAUCUGAAACCCCUUCUGUUCCACACCGUGGACAGGCGUUUGCCUCACAUCCCUACACACUGUGAUACUCUGACGUACCAUGAGGUGCCCUAUGAUUUUAAGUCUGAUUGGCCAGCCGAGUGCCAGGGCAUCAGGUGUCUGUCUCCUCACGGAGAAAAAGAAGAGCUUGUGAAUCUGUGGGAAUUCCCCAGAGACAUGCAAGCAAACGAGCUGGCCUUUCCACCGAUGGAGCGUGGAUCAUGGCUGGGUGUCCACCGGGAGGCUGGCCUUUGUUUGUUGGGUUCAGUGGAAAUACAGUGCUGGACAGUGCUGGGAAUUUCUUGUACAACAGAUUUAUGGGAGGUGAUAAAAGUUGUACUGAUUGAGCCUUCUGAGUUAAAGUGCACUGUGCCCAAUAAUGUGUUUCAAUACUGUAGCUGACAGUGAUGGCAGUGGCCCAGACCAGAACUCUCUACAGUCCACAGACCUCUGUUUGGCUCUGGUGGCUGCAAGAGAAAUGCCCGGUGGGCACACAGCCUGUGGCCAAAGAUGACAUGGUAGAUGCGAAGGACAUUGUCACUAAAUCUAAGCUUUUUUGAGCAAUAAUAAAGAAAUGACUCCCUGGAUUUUUUAAAAAACAUAUUGCUGUGUUUUGUUUUACAAAUUUUUACGUUGUUUCUUUUUCUCAAUCAUAGUAUGUUUAAGUCAGGAGAUCGGUAGUGUGUAAAAGACUAGAUUCCGUAGCCUGCAUCGGAACUUUUAUUGGUAGUGUCAUAUAGAAUUUUAUUGAAUUUGCAAACAUCGUGAAUUGAAAGCCUAAAGUUAUCGUGCAUAAAUUUCCCUGUGUGUGAUGCCUUGCUGUUUCUAAUCAGAAUACCUACGUUGGAACUUCUCUUACAGCCAGCUGCACUGCAUCUGUUUGGAAAAGCUAAUUUUGGUGUGUUUUUGCACCAGUUGCAGUAUGUUGACCAAUUGUGUGUGAUUAAAAUGAUGAUUUGGAAGUUAUUUAGAAGUAACUUUCAUGUCCAGCACGGUGGAGGAUAUAAUCAGUUGUUUCAUGUUGGCAAAUAUUCUUCUAGGGUCGGGGAAAUUUGUGAUGAAAAUUAUAUAAAAAUUAUAUAAAAAAAUACUGGAAAAGCUUUUAAUCAGUGGCCUCUAGAACGAAGCCACACUUCACUGCCUGGUUUUGAUGAAUGUCUUCUUCUGGAUUUUUUUCAGUAUUGUCUCAUUGUCUCCCACCAAUUGAAAACAGGAGUUUGCAAAUAAUAAAAUCAGUAAUAUAAUCAAAUACCAGAUUUAACAGUAUUGAUCAUUGGUAUCGCAACAAAUGAAACAGCAGAAGGGUUUGAACCUUUUGACACUUUUAUGCCUUAAAUCAUAAAUGAUCCCUGGUUACUGACAUUCUCUUUCCACUUGGCAGUGCUGUUUAAUCUUAGUGCUUUUUGCGUGCUUCUUAUAGGUUUAUUAUUUGUAAAUGCUACAUAAUUGAGGCACAGUUUAUGGCUGCACUCAGCAAGAACUAAGGCUAAUAAAAAAAAACACACUCAGUGAGGGUGCCUUUAUGCUUUUCUUACUGAAUUGCUCCAUGACUGUGCUUUAACUAUAAAUAUGUUUUCAGUUGUCAGUAAUAUUUACAGUAAGUCGAAGAACUGAAACCACAAUUAUCAGUAAAAUGCAGUAAACCUAUCAAAUAGAUAAAAGUGCUGCAUUUAUGCUACCUAUUUCAACCCCUGUAGCUGCUUAAAAUUAUAUAUUAAAGGUCAUCUCUGUAUUUUUGUUUUAUGAGAUAAUAUCUGCUGUUAGGAGUGACAUGCAAAUUUGUCAACUAGAUUUGGACCUGCACUGCUAAGAAUACAUGCCCAUAAUGCACCGUUCCCAGGGAUCUGGUUCACUUAUCGAAACACAAUAGAUUUGUAAUCAGUUAUGAUUGAUAACUGAUAAAGCAAAUGCCCAUCUUGUACCUGUGUGAUAUACCCAUGAUGCUUUGUUGCAGUCUUUCACAGCCGCCUGUCUAGUUUGAGGCUCAUUUUAAUGUCACUGUUGUUUUGAGACUUGAAAAACACAACUGAAAUUUGAAUACCCUUUAAUAAAUGCACUUAAAGAAGAUACAA